AUUAUAUUAGGAAUGGCGCCAAGGUGUCGCCAUUUUCAUAAAACUUUACCAAGCAGUAAAUCGAGAAGGCUGAGGGGAGGAACAAUUCCUCAAAGUGAGUGUGUGCAUCCGAAAAUUGUUGGAAAAAUUGCUAAAAAGCAAGAAUAAUGUAUUGGUCUGUGCAUCAAAAAGAAGGGGAUUGAGUUGAAUAUACAAAAAUGCAAGCUGAAAGUAUUUGCACUAAUGAUAUUGAGGGUCUGGAUUCAGACACCCUUAUUCCUGUUGAAAUUCUUUCCUGUGAUGUAUCUCAUCGAGCACGUUCUCAAGAUGCCUUAUCAAUAGUGGAAUUAGGAAAGCAAUUACUUUUUAGUGCAAAAUUUGGAGACACUGAUACCGUUCGUGAUCUAAUGUGCAGAGGAGCACCAUUUACUACAGAUUGGUUGGGUACAAGCGCAUUACAUUUUGCUGCGCAAAAUAAUCAUACAGAAACUGCAGAAGUUUUACUUAGAGCAGGAAUUUCAAGAGAUGCAAGAACAAAGGUGGAUAGAACACCUUUACAUAUGGCUGCAUAUGAAGGUCACCAUCAGAUGACACAAUUACUUCUUAAUUAUGGUGCAGAUGUUGAUAGUAGAGAUAUGUUAAAAAUGACACCUUUACAUUGGGCAGUAGAAAGGGAACAUGUAGAAGUAAUGCAUGUUUUAUUAGAACAUGGAGCAGAUGCAAAUGCAACUAGUAAAUUUGACAAAACACCUAUUAGUCUUGCAUUAGAACAUGAUAGAUUAGAUUUGGUAGACAUAUUACAACAAGAAAGAGAAAUUGUAGGUAUUAGAGCACAUCAACAAAAUCAAGCAAAUUCAGCAGAACUUGAAGUAGCAACCCAUAAUUUAAUACAAUUAGAAGCUGAAAGAGAAGAACAACAAAAAUUUGAACUUCCACAACAAGAAUCACAACCAAGAAGAAAAGUUACACAAGUGCAAGUAGGAAAAAAACCACGAAUGAUCUUUCAACAAAUUCAUGUUGGAACAAAUGUUGAUGUUGAGCGAGAAAAAGAAAUAGAAAGUGUAGAUGAAAUAACUGAUGUGAAUAAUAUUAAUAACACUAAAAAGCGUAAAGAUAUUACAGCUAUUGGAGGAGUAAACAAACAAUUUAGAUUAUUAGAAGCACAUGGAAUCACAAUGAUACCUGUGGAUAAUGAAUCAUCUAUUGUUGAAAAUGCUAUGGAAAGUGGAAGGACAGUCGUUUUAACUGAAGCAGGUAAACUUGCCCUAAACUUAACAAGAAAUUCUUCAAUAGGAAUGAAACGACUUCAUGUAGCUGGAAAAAAAGGGACUCCUAGAAAAGUGAUAGCAAUUAGAGCAGAUCAAAUUUUAAGUCAAAAUACACCUACUCUUACAUCCAGAGGACCUAAUAUAUUGAAAAGAUCUUCUGUAGAUAAUAAAGCUGGAAAAUUGUUCAUUUCUUCUAUUUCUACUACGACGCCUGUAUCAACACUUACACAAUCUAAUCUAUCUAAAAACAUAAUAUCUUCAUCAGAGAAUAAGAUCAUUAAUUCUCCUGCAAAAAUGACAGAACCAAUAAUUUUACAAUUAGAUGAUGAUAUAGAAGAAAUUACUGAAGAUGAUACAACACAUAAUAAUGAACCAGUUAUGGAUAUUGCCCUAUUGAAUAGACAAUUAGCAGAAGCACGAAGACAAGCAGCUGAAUAUCGUAAGCGGCUUCAAAAAAAAGAAGAAGAGGCUGAAAUAUAUAAACAACAACUUAAAAAUAUCACAGCGCAAAGAGUAUCUAAGUGAUUUUAUAUAAAUAUACAUUUUGUGAAUUAAGCUUCAUUUUUCAAACAGCCCUGCUUUUCUACAAAAAAAAUCUUCUUUAGCUUUUCAGCUUUGUAAAAGAGCUCAAUAUUUAAAAAAUUGUACUUUAUUUUAAUAUAUUUUCUUUCAUCAUUAUCUCAUCUCAAAGCAUUAUAAUGGUAUUUAUGCGAGAUUUCAUUACUAACUGCUUACUUAUGUAUAGAUUAUUUUACAAAUCUACAAAAUUCAUUAACUGCAUAUUAUUAAUA